CGGUUUUGGGCUCAACCCGUCAAUAAAAAGCCCUCAUUUUCAGAACCCUUUUAAGUUCACCUCACACAUAAGACAUUAGGGUUUCUACUUUGUAUUCUCGUUCUCCUUCCUUCGCCACUUCCAUCAACAACCGCAGCAAUGGCACCAAAGCGCGGUGGAAAAGCACCAGUUGUAGCUGCGAAGAAGAAGCAGCCAGAGAAAGUUACGAACCCACUUUUCGAGAAAAGGCCAAAGCAGUUCGGGAUCGGUGGUGCUUUACCUCCAAAGAGGGAUUUGACUCGCUUUGUGAAAUGGCCUAAGACCGUUCAAAUUCAGAGGAAGAAGAGGAUCCUCAAGCAGAGGCUUAAGGUUCCACCAGCACUCAAUCAGUUCACUAAGACACUCGACAAGAACCUUGCAACCAACCUUUUCAAGAUGCUCCUUAAGUACAGGCCUGAGGACAAAGCUGAAAAGAAAGAGCGUCUUUUGAAAAGGGCUCAAGCCGAGUCUGAGGGGAAAACAGUUGAGACAAAGAAGCCUAUUGUUGUGAAAUAUGGUCUCAACCAUGUUACCUAUCUUAUUGAGCAGAACAAGGCACAGCUUGUUGUCAUUGCCCAUGAUGUCGACCCCAUUGAGCUCGUUGUCUGGCUUCCAGCGUUGUGCAGGAAGAUGGAAAUUCCCUACUGCAUUGUCAAGGGCAAAGCACGCUUGGGAACUAUUGUUCACAAGAAAACUGCUGCAGUUUUGUGCUUGACAACUGUCAAGAACGAAGACAAAAUGGAAUUCAGUAGAAUCCUAGAAGCCAUUAAGGCCAACUUCAACGAUAAGUUUGAUGAAAACAGAAAGAAGUGGGGUGGUGGUAUUAUGGGUUCCAAAUCUCAAGCAAAAACCAAAGCCAAGGAAAGGCUCAUUGCCAAGGAAGCUGCUCAAAGAAUGACCUAGAAAUUUUGUGUGCUUUGGCUAUUUUAGAACUUUUGAGGUUAUUCUUCUAUAUUUUUGAUGGAGGCUUUAUACAAGUCAAAUGUGAGGUUUUCCUUUCAUUUUGGUAGCUUGUAAACAAUCAAUGGUUUAAAUGUUUAGACUUUUUGCUGAUUUAUUUCAGUAGUUGUUUUAGACUUAAAAUGGAAUAUGUUUGUGUUCAAAAGUAAUUUGUGUCUUUCCAGUAUACUUAUGUAUUUAUGCUUAUUGCAUGUUUGCUACAGUUUUUCAAUUACCCUUCAUGUAUUUCAUGCCGUCUAAAGCUAUUUCUCA